CGGGGCGGGGCCGCGCACGCCGGAAGCCCAGCAGGCGACGAAGAUGGCGGAGAGCAGCGGUCGCACCGGCAAGAGCAGCGGUAGCGGCGCGGGCAAAGGGGCGGUGUCGGCAGAGCAGGUGAUCGCUGGCUUCAACCGCCUUCGGCAGGAGCAGCGGGGGCUGGCGUCCAAAGCCGCCGAGCUGGAGAUGGAGUUGAACGAGCACAGCUUGGUGAUCGACACCCUGAAGGAGGUGGAUGAGGCCCGCAAGUGCUACCGCAUGGUGGGAGGCGUGCUGGUGGAGCGGACGGUCAAAGAGGUGCUGCCGGCCCUGGAGAACAACAAGGAGCAGAUACAGAAGAUCAUUGAGGCACUCACACAGCAGCUUCAGGCAAAGGGAAGAGAAUUAAAUGAAUUCCGGGAAAAGCACAACAUUCGUCUGGUGGGGGAAGAUGAGAAGCCGGCAGCCAAGGAGAGCUCGGAAGGGGCCGGAGCUAAGUCCGGCUCAGCGGGAGUGCUGGUCUCCUAGGGACCAAGGCCUUUGCAUUGUUUUCUACCCUGACUCCCACUUCUCCUCAUUUCUCUUUAUUGUUAUUAUUAUUAUUUUCUCUGCUAUUGUAAUAUUUUUUUGUUAAUUAAAUGUUUUGGUCAGAAUGCUCAGCUCUAGCCUGAAGCUUUCUCCCAGUGUUAGGGGUGGGAUUUGCAUGAGGCAUGGCAAGCCUAGGACUUGUGGAGUUUGGGUCCAUCAGGCUCACAAACGAGAGGAGGUCCCAUAUUUUAUCCUUUCCCUUGCAAAUAAAGAUGUGGCUGCUUGUUGACUGCCCUUCCC